GCUCUGGGCCCCCCAGCCCGGAGGGAUGGAAUCGUCCGCCCCGCCCUCGCGUCGCUUUUCUGCUCCCCAGGCCGCCUUGUGAUGCUGUGUGCGCGGCCCGAGAGCGGGCUUCACCCUCCCCAGCCUGGCGGUCUCGCUCGCAGUUGGUGGUGUUCAGUCUCUCAGUCCUGUCGGACUCUGCGAUCCCGUGGACUCACAGUAGACUCAGCUGUUUUGGAUGAAUAAUUAGCGAAUGAAACAAAGGCCUCCGGACCUUUGAGUCGGUCCUCUAAGCCUUAGCGUCUGGUCUAGCCCCACUCAGAGUGCCACCUGGACCUAUGGUAGUGGGUCAGCGAAAAGCCUGGUGUUGGGCCCCAGAACAGAUAGGAAUGGUGCGGCCGGAUCUAGGAAGAUGAGAGGGGCUGAGAUAAGAUGGAGCGUGGGGGAAGGAAGUGCUGGGGUAUCGUCAGGAAACUCAGGGAGGCAUCGACAGGACCUACAGACGAGUCGAGGGGCAGAGUCCUGGGGAAAUGGGUGUUGGUCCAAUGGACAGUUUGUGGAGGUCUGGGUGAGGGUGGCCUUGAAAGCCCCACUUGAAGCGGCCUAAUUCACUGAGGAAUAGAGUUUGCCAGUGAAGAAGGGACCCUCACCUGCUCUAGGUUCAAAGGCUCUCAGCCUAUGCCCACCACCUGGCCCUGUUGCUGGCAACUAAGAGCCCAGGAGGGUGUCGAGUGGGGAGAGAGGCAGCACCUCCCUCCCUUUCCCUAACCUGACACUCUCUGACCCCCGUGGGCAAGUCAUUUGACCUGCUCUGCCUCAUUGUCUCCCAUCUGUAAAUUGGGAAUGGGUAUCUGAUUGAGGACAGGAGGAAAAGGGGGUGACAGAGGAUGAGAUGGUUGGAUGACAUCAUCGACUCAAUGGAUCUGAAUGUGAGCAGACUCCAGGAGAUAGUGAAGGACAGGGCAUGCUGCAGUCCAUGGGGUCACAAAGAGUCAGACGUGAAUGAGCAACCGAACAACAAUAACCACCCAAUAUGCAUGUUGUUAAGAUUACAUGAGUUAAUACGUUUACAUUUUUGGAAUGGUGCUUAGCACAUGGGAGUACCUGACAGGCUUCCACAAGAGGAAGGUGGAGCGGAAGAAGGCAGCCAUUGAGGAGAUCAAGCAGCGGCUGAAGGAGGAGCAGAAGAAGCUCCGGGAAGAGCGCCACCAGGAAUACUUGAAGAUGCUGGCAGAGAGAGAGGAGGCUCUGGAGGAGGCUGACGAGCUAGACCGGCUGGUGACAGCAAAGACGGAGUCGGUGCAGUACGACCACCCCAACCACACAGUCACUGUGACCACCAUCAGCGACCUGGACCUCUCAGGGGCCCGGCUGCUCGGCCUGCCCACGCCUGAGCAAGGGGCCGGGUCUGGGCCUGAGGAGGAGGUGUCAUCCGUAGAGAAGCCGACCAGAGCCUUACCCAGGAAGUCCAGAGACCCUCUGCUGUCCCAGCGGAUCUCCUGUCUCACGGCCUCACUGCAUGCACACAGUCGCAAGAAGGUCAAGAAGAAACGUCUUCGCCGGGCCCAGGACACCACCAAGAAGCCCCCAAGCGCCACUCGUACCAGUAAGACACAGCGCCGCCGGCUGACAGGCAAAGCCCCGCACAGCGGGGAGUGAGCUCUGAGACCCUGGCCAGGCACCAGCCUUUUCAGGAAGGACCUGUCCUGUCUCAGCUGGGCUAUCUCAUAACCCAGCCUGCACCCAGGCAAUGACUACAGCCCAAGCUUGGGAGGCCAGCACCCCUCCAGCCUGGGGUUCGGACUCCAGAAGGUGUGGGCAGCCGAGAGCUGGCUUCCCCCAGGAGGAGCCUCUGGGGACCAAGUUUGGGGCAUCUGCCCAAAUGUGAACCUCCCUGGACCUUCAUCAGAUUUGUGAAACUAAGCACAUGUGUGGUUGGUUUGUCCCUAACCCUGAUGCCACACACCAAGGGCAGGCGUUUUAGGGGGUGAAAACUGCUGGACAUGGGUCACCCUCGCUGUCCAACAGUUCUCCCUAUGGGUGUGUAAAAGUGGUGCUAGGCCUGGGCCCCCUGAUGGGGUGAGGCCCAGCGCCACCCCUGGCAGAUGCAGAGUCUGCCUGCAGCCCUGGAACGCCGGCUGGUGGGUGAGCAGGGAUGGCCUCUGCCUUUUCCUAGCUGGGACGUUGGGCCUGUCCCUCCCCUUGGCCUUGCUGGUCUCCUCAGCUGACAUCAAAGGAGUGGAGAUGGGGAGUCCUGGAGUAUUCUCACCCCCAAACUUGGGCAGCUUCCGUAGGUUUCCAGCAGCUCCCAGACAGCCCAACAAAAAAAGAGCGAUAGUCAUUUGUAAAGAAAAUCUCUCUCUCCUCACUGAAAGCGUGGCUGGCGGGUGCUGGGUGAGGGCUGCCAAUUCUUCACACUUCUUCCAGGUGCGGCUUCAGAGCCGACGGAAACCAGCCUUGUUGCAGCACACUCCCCGCUCUAGUGAUGGAGCUGGGCUGGUGGCAGGGUGUAGGUCCGCCUGCUGCAGGCCUGCCCAGAGGCUGAAGUGAGACCACGUGCCUGAACCACUUCCCAUGGCUCCUGACCUUCCUGGGUGCACCUUCCGUGUGCGCAGCUGCUUCUGACACCUGACCCUGCUUUCCAUCCCCAGUGCCAUAGGGUCUUUUCACAGCUUACAAUCUACAUUUGUAACGUUGACCUGUAUUA